ACCGCAUCCGUUUCCUUUCUACUUGUGAGCUGUCAGUAACCGGACCGGGUUCAUCGAAUCAGAAUUGACGCCAUAUUUGAUAAAGUACGCGAUUGAAACGUUGAAGCGUUACCUAAGAAUUCACGAAACUAACGCGAAGUUUCUCUCAAUUUGUGCAUAAAAUAAAUCAAAAUGUCAGGUGGAAGCAGCAGCAACAGAAAUGAGUGCAGAAUAUAUGUCGGCAAUCUCCCUCCCGACAUAAGGACAAAGGACAUCCAAGAUCUAUUUUACAAAUUCGGCAAAGUAACAUUCGUGGAUUUGAAAAACAGAAAAGGACCACCAUUCGCUUUUGUAGAAUUUGAAGAUCCAAGAGACGCAGAUGACGCGGUCCGUGCUCGCGACGGCUAUGAUUACGAUGGAUAUCGCCUACGCGUGGAAUUCCCGCGUGGUGGAGGCGGCGGUGGUGGCCGCGGUGGACGUGGAGGCCCAGAGCGCUUUGGAGCACGCACUGCUACAAGAGGACCGCCAGCACGUCGCUCUGAACAUCGUGUACUGGUCACUGGAUUGCCUCCAUCAGGAUCCUGGCAGGAUCUUAAGGACCACAUGAGAGAGGCUGGCGAUGUCUGUUUUGCUGACACCUUUAAAGAUGGAACUGGUGUUGUAGAAUUCUUGCGUCAUGAAGACAUGAAAUAUGCUGUUAAGAAACUAGAUGAUUCUAGAUUCAGGAGUCAUGAGGGUGAGGUAUCGUAUAUCCGCGUCAAGGAAGACUACGGCGGUGGCGGCGGCGGUGGUGCUGACCGAUACAGCGGGGAUCGAGACAGGUCCCGGUCGUACUCCCCGCGGCGGCGCGGCUCCCCGACGUACUCGCCGGUGCGCCGCAGCUACUCGCGCUCCCGCAGUCGUUCGCGCUCACACAACUACUGAGACAGCGGACGGAGCGACGGCGCCGGCGCGGCAGCGGACAGCCUCACGUAGAUAUAAGACAUAGAUGUACAUUACACUGCGGGACGACAUCGCUGCCACGUAUACUGAGCUAGCUUGUGUGAAAUGGGGUAGAUAGGAGCGAUGCUGGAACCGUUUUUGACUUUGAAUCACACGGUGUGGUCCUAUAUGAUCUCUAAAUUAUUUAGUAAAGCUAAAUUUAUCAACUGACAGCAACCUAAUUCAGUGUUACAAAUGGCCUAGUGCGUUUCUAUCUACGUCGUUUUACUGUGACUGUGUAACCUGUGGGGUACACAGAUGUCGCCGAAGUAGUGUAAAUUUGAAUUAAUAUUGGGAUUAAAGGUGCGCAAGCCGUGUCGUCCGGCGCAAGUCCGCGCCGCCGCGUGCGCCCCCACUCGCUCGUACUGUCGGGGGUGACGGGGCUCAGGCCGCGACGCGGACGACUCGAUUACAUUUACAAGAUGACUGUUUAUAAUUAAAAGCAUUUUCUUUUGUUUCAUCCUCUAAUGGAAAUCAUUGGAUGUGCUUGGCUGGAGGUGUGAGUCAGGAUGCCGUAGAGGCCUCGCGUGUAGGAUCGGAUCGGAUCGGACCGCACCGGCGGAUCUCUGGCGGACAUUUGAAUAUUUGUCGCGUGGAUGUAUUGUCCCUUUCGGAUGUUGGAUUUGGUAUUGGAUCGUACGAUCGGAGCGGCCCGGCGCGGCCGGCACCUCGCACCUUCCGCGCUGGACAGGAUCAGGACCUUUGGGUAUGACAUUCAAAUUAAUUGCAAAAUAACUUAUGUUGAGUGCACGCUCGGUACAGAGUAUUAAUGUUUGUUUGGAUAUCCUUAACUCACACUUUAUUUGCUUCUCGAUGUCUGCCGUUUAUUUCCUAGACGUAGGACUUCGGUUCAAUGACGAUUAUGAGAGAUAUUUUCUAUUAGCUUUGCUCAUUAGUGUGUUAGAACCUAACAACUCAGUGUCAUAUAUAAAUAAUUAGCAUGCUUUACGAGCUUUUCAUACAAACCUACCUGCGUGACAGCGAUACAAGAUGUGUGUUUGAAUGGAUGACCGAAAUGGAUAUAGUUUUAAAAUUGACAUGUAAUUGAUACGGAUUGUAAUUGUGAGAUGUGAUGUUAGGAACACAAAGUUAAAUCACAAAUGUAUUGUAAAGUGUGCGUCGCGGACGCUCGAUAUAUCAUAGAUAUAAUGUGUGGACAUACAUAUUGUAAUAUAGGAACUGGAUCAGCAUUCCAAAGACCAACGCACUUUGAUGGAC